AUGGCUCUUCACAACCCAAAUAAUUGGCAUUGGGUGAAUAAGGACGUUUCGGCUUGGACCAAGAACUAUUUGCAGGAAACCCUCUCCAGGAUUUCAGUCGAGAGCGAUGGCGUUUCGGCUAAGAUCGAGAAGGUGUUGAGUAUGGACGGCGACGUAGAUGUCAGCCAGCGUAAAGGCAAGGUUAUUACUCUCUAUGAUGUCAAGUUGCAAUUAGAAUACGAAGGCAAGACUAAGGAUGAUGAAACCGUCACUGGUACGAUCAAUAUUCCCGAAGUCGCCCAUGAUACCGAAGAAGAUGAGUUCGUCUUUGAUAUCGAAGCUUACUCAGACUCUGCUUCAAAGCAACCAGUGAAAGAUAUUGUCCGGUCUAAGCUUGUUCCACAAUUACGGGUAGCGCUGAGCAAACUCAGCAAGACUUUAAUUGAGGAGCACGGCAAAGAUAUCCAACAUGCUCCAGGAUCAAACCCAUCCAGUGGCUUUGCAACACCUACCAUGCACACCCAGAAAAGUACCACCCCACCGGUGACUUCAAAGACUUCGACAGCUACGACUGGAAAGCUCUCUGUGAAUACUACAACCGUUACUGCUUCCGAUGAAUUCCGGACUACCGCUGAAGAAAUGUACACUACAUUCACCGACCCCCAGCGCAUUGCUGCCUUCACUCGGGGCCCUCCUCGUCAAUUCGAUGGCGCUAAAGUUGGAGGCAAAUUCUCCAUCUUCGAUGGCAAUGUGACUGGCGAAUUCUCCCUCGUGCAAAAAUGGCGUUUGGCUCAGUGGCCAGAGGGUCACUAUAGUACCCAGGAAAUAUUCUUUGAUCAGAAUGAUGUUGACCGUGUGACUGUAAUGCGAGUCACCUGGACUGGAGUUCCUAUCGGGCAGGAAGAGGUUGUCCAACGCAACUGGGAAGGAUAUUAUGUUCGCAGCAUCAAGCAGACCUUCGGGUACAGUCCCCCACCAUCUUUUGGCAACCCAGUUCCCCGAAAUCCUCACCCCUCUCUCCCUUCUCCUUCUCAUCAUCAGUCAUAUUUUUGGACAUUUGUGCUGAUGUUUGUCUUCGUCUUUUUCCUUGCUGUAGGUUUGGCACGAUACUCUGAGAUCCUACCCAAUCUCUUAUAG